AUGGAUUCCCUACUUGAUGAUGAUAUUUGUAUUCUGAAUCAUGAAAAUGAAGACUUUACGAAGGGAAGAGAUCAGGACACUCCAUUUUCUGCUUCCUCAGGAGAGGCAUCUGUGGCCUCACAUUUUGCACUGGUUACAGCAUAUGAAGACAUAAAGAAACGACUGAAAGAUACUGAAAGGGAGAAUUACACGUUAAAGAGAAGGCUAAGACAAAUGGAGGAUAAGCUUUGUGGCAGUUGUGAAGAACACAGCAGAGAGGAGAGCGACAAAGUGAAGAGAGCUUACGGUGCCUUUCGUGAAACGUCUAUUGAGAGAGACAAUCUACAGAAGCUGCUAAGUGCAAUGGAAAAGGAAAAAAUUGAAUGCACAAAGCACCUGAAUGAACAGCUGCAGUCUAAAGAAGUGGAGCUUCUGCAAGUGAAAUCUGAACUGGAAACACACCAAGUGAUGAAAAGCUUAAGCAAAACUCCUACUGACUGGGAGAUCGAAAAACUGAACAGCGAGUUGAAAAUCCGGUCAGUGGAGCAAGAACUUAAAUUGCUUCAGGAAGAAUGCGGACGCCUCCGAGCGGAACUUCAAAGGACAAAGGUAAUUGUCCAUGUUGAGAAAGUGUGCAGUGAAAACCUGAUGUGCAUAAAGCCAUCAAGCAUUUAUUGUGAUCUCCGCUCUAGGCAGAUGCUUUUUAUAGAGGAAUCAAUUUCACUUCUCACAAUUAGUUUCAGCAAAUCUUUUACUUGUAAGACUAUACAUAUGGAUUGGAAUGCAAGGCUUUGUGACUGUAAGAGUUUAGAUUAA